GCCCGCCGCCCGCCGCCACUGCAGCCGCCAGAGCUCUGUAGUAUGGCAUCGAGGAGAAUGGAGACCAAACCUGUGAUAACCUGUCUCAAAACCCUCCUCAUCAUCUACUCCUUCGUCUUCUGGAUCACUGGGGUGAUCCUGCUGGCUGUUGGAGUCUGGGGAAAGCUUACUUUGGGCACCUAUAUCUCCCUUAUUGCUGAGAACUCCACAAAUGCUCCCUAUGUGCUCAUUGGAACUGGUACCACUAUCGUUGUUUUUGGCCUCUUCGGAUGCUUUGCUACAUGCCGUGGUAGUCCAUGGAUGCUGAAACUGUAUGCCAUGUUCCUGUCCCUGGUGUUCCUGGCUGAGCUUGUUGCUGGCAUUUCUGGAUUUGUCUUUCGUCAUGAGAUCAAGGACACCUUCCUGAGGACGUACACAGAUGCCAUGCAGAACUACAACGGCAAUGAUGAGAGGAGCCGGGCAGUGGACCAUGUGCAGCGCAGCCUGAGUUGCUGCGGUGUGCAGAACUACACCAACUGGAGCAGCAGCCCCUACUUCGUGGAACACGGCAUCCCCCCCAGUUGCUGUAUGAAUGAAACUGAUUGUAACCCCCUGGAUCUGCACAAUCUGACUGUGGCCGCCACCAAAGUUAACCAAAAGGGCUGUUACGAUCUGGUGACCAGUUUCAUGGAGACUAACAUGGGGAUCAUCGCUGGAGUGGCAUUUGGAAUCGCAUUCUCCCAGUUGAUUGGCAUGCUGCUGGCUUGCUGUCUGUCCCGGUUCAUCACUGCCAAUCAGUAUGAGAUGGUGUAAAGAGAAGUCUUUCAAGGACUAUGGAAUAAAAGGCCUGUUUUUUAAAAGGAACCGCCGCAAUCUCUGAAAGACUUCCAAAGAAUGUUAGAGCACAGUACAUAAUCUCCCUGCCCUGCUCCCACCACCCACUCCCCACAACCCCACCCCCUGUGUGCAACUGACACUCCUACCCAGUCUAUGCUCUACCUUUCAGCCCAUGUCAUGUGUAGUGUCCAUCUUGUGAACCCCUGUUGUGCCACACAGUAUAGUCAGGCCCCCUGCAGCUAGUCAUAGUGAACCCCAUCCUAAGUGUGAGUGCCAGCUCUCUCACAUGUACUUGGUCCAACUGUAGGUGACUGGUUAUCACAUCAUCACUGGCCGCUUGUGGCCCUGCAUGUAGUAGGGGAGGCUUCAAUCAGCCCCUCACUGUGGUCCAUGAUUGCCACACACCUUUCCGUAGAUAAGCAGAUGGUAGUUAUCUUUUAUUUUGGCUUAAUCUGAUUUGGUUUGGUUUCCCCUUUACUGGGAUUGUUUCCUACCUUCUUUAGGCAUGUGAAGAGACACAGAGGGAGUCAUUCAUGAGGAGGAAACAGCAUGUGGCAUGCAUGGUGGAAAGUGUUAUUAGCAUUAGCUGGCCUCCUUGCUCAUUUUUCUAUACAUGGGUGUGGAAAGACAGCUUGGUGUAGGAUUUCUUCUCAGAUGAAACCUGCAUAAUCCUGUUAUAAGGCUGCGUUGUUACUCCCCUUGAAGGCAAAGAUACUCCUUUUGAUUUGCUCCAACUAAUUACUUUUAUUUUACUUUUUAUUUCUAUAUUUUUUCUUUGCAUUGACAUUAUAGACUUUGAGGACCUCAUCAGAUAAAUUUGAAAGUGAGUGUGGGAAGGGAAAUAAAAGUCAAAAUAUUUUUAAAAGAUAUUAAAAAUAAUGCCUCUGUCUAGCAUGCCAACAAGAAUGCAUUGAUAUUGUGAUCAUUUGUGAUAUAUGUAUUAAUAAAUAGAGCAAUUACAAAUGGC